CACAGCCAUUGGCCAUUGCUUGCGUGAGUCACAUCGAGCUCGGGCUACUGAGUGAGAGAGAAGUAGCUAGCCGGAGGAGAGAGAUAGAAGUAUGGGCAUGGGGUGGAAAGUUCUGACCGAUGUGAAGCCAUACCUGGCGAUGGUGCUGCUGCAGGUGGGGUUCGCCGGGAUGUACAUCAUCGCCGUGGCGUCCCUCAAGGCCGGGAUGAGCCACUUCGUCCUCGUCGUCUACCGUAACCUCGUCGCCACCGCCGUCAUGACGCCCUUCGCCCUCUACUUCGAGAGGGGACGGAGGCCAAAGAUGACAACCAGCAUCGUCCUCAAGAUCAUGGGGCUCGCAAUCCUCGAGCCCGUGAUUGACCAGAACCUCUACUUCUUGGGCGCGAAGCUGACCUCGGCGGGAUUCGCGACGGCGCUCCUCAACACCCUCCCGGCCAUCACCUUCUUGCUGGCCCUCAUCCUGCGAAUGGAGAAGGUGCGGCUGCGCAGCCUGCACAGCCAGGCCAAGAUCGCUGGCACGGUCCUCACGGUGGCCGGCGCCGUGCUGAUGAUGCUUUACCACGGCCCCGCCAUGCAGUUCCCGUGGACCAAGGGACAGCACGACGCCACUGCCGCCGUUGGCGCCGUCGCCCCGCGGGACUGGCUGAAAGGGACCAUGAUGCUCAUCGGCUCCUGCAUGGUCUGGUCGUGCUUCUUCAUUCUCCAGUCCAGCACGCUGCGGAGCUACCCGGCGGAGCUCUCCGUCACGGCGCUCAUCUGCGGCAUGGGCUCGCUGAUGAGCGCCGCCGUCGCCCUCGUCGCUGAGCGCGCCAACACACAGGCCUGGGUUAUCGGCUUCGAUAACCGCCUCUUGACCGUGGUCUACGCCGGCAUAGUGUGCUCCGGCGUGGCCUACUACUUGCAGGGCGUCGUGUCGAGGCAAAGGGGCCCGGUGUUCGUCACGGCAUUCAACCCGCUCUGCAUGAUCAUUACCGCAGUCAUGGGCUCCAUCAUUCUAAAGGAGGAGAUCACUCUCGGAAGUGUGAUUGGUGCAGUGAUCAUCGUGGCAGGCCUGUACUUCCUCAUCUGGGGCAAGAGUAAGGACGACAUCAGCCAAGUCUCCGACGUGACCGUCAAGGUCGCCGGCGAGCUGCCCUUAACCUCGGUGACCAACGGCCACGGCCACGGCAAGCAGCACGAGCUCGGCAACGGCAACGGCGGCCAUGUCGACGUCGAGACGCCCGCGACCAAUGGGCACUAUUAGCAAGGGAUCGAUUGGAGUGGUUACGUGUUAUACGUCCUCCAGUCGUUCAUCGACCAGUAUAUGCAUGUCUAGCUUUUUUCCUUGUAGUGCAUGUAGUGCAUGGUCCAUCGAUCGAUCAUUCAUGGAGACGAUUUUUUUUCUCUCUCUCUCUCUCUCUAUAUUUUCUUCCUGCCAGCUUCUCCCUAGCUACGAUCCUAUCACGUAACUAUGUGAGAGUAAGCAAGUGCUGGUUAUCCCUGUGACGGUUAUACCUGAUGCUGCUUGUCAGUAGUCACUACUAAGUUUUUUUUUGAACGAAAACACUAGACGCGUCCGCCUUUAAAUUAAUAAAGCCAAUAGGCAGCAACACAAGGU